GCGCGCUCUCGUGGUUCAGUACGAGUGUAAGCGCGCUCUCGUGGCUCAGUCCGCGUGUAUAAGCGCGCUCUCGUGGCUCAGUCCGCGUGUAUACGCGCGCUCUCGUCACUCCGCGCUCUGCACAGGGAACAUGGCGCAUCUCGCACGCCGCGCGCUGCUCUUCCUCUGCUUGGCUUUUCCGUGUCACGGAGCUGAGAAAGUGAAAACCAGAGGGAUCCGUCAGAAGGACACCGAAUACUUUGACAAAUACGGCAGCUGCAUGCAGGGUCCGCCAGGCAUCCCGGGCCGAGAAGGAAACCCGGGAGUGAACGGAAUUCCGGGAACGCCUGGAGUCCCAGGCCGAGACGGUGCCAAGGGAGAGAAGGGCGAGUGUGUAAGCGAGAGGUUCGAGGAGCCGUGGACGCCCAAUUACAAGCAGUGUGCCUGGAACUCGCUCAAUUACGGCAUCGACCUGGGCAAAAUCGCAGAGUGUACCUUCACUAAGCUGCGCUCGGACAGCUCCCUGCGUGUCCUCUUCAGCGGCUCGCUCCGGCUCAAGUGUAAGACGGCCUGCUGCCAGCGCUGGUACUUCACCUUUAACGGAGCCGAAUGUUCCGGCCCACUGCCCAUAGAGUCCAUCGUUUACCUGGACCAGGGCAGCCCCGAGUUCAACUCCACCAUCAACAUCCACCGCACCACGUCAGUGGAAGGUCUGUGCGAGGGCGUCCGAGCCGGCCUCGUGGACGUGGCCAUCUGGGUGGGCACGUGCGGUGACUACCCACACGGCGACGCCUCCACCGGCUGGAACUCCGUCUCCAGGGUGAUCAUCGAGGAGCUGCCUAAAUGACCUUCGACCUCAAAAACACACUUUAGCAUCUCCUUGGGUGGAUACCGUUAGUGAAGAGGAGGCCAAAGUUUCUCUCGUUAGUGUUACUGUAUUAUAGAAAAAAAAAUUCAGCCUUUGAAACUGAACAAGUACUGUAGCAACAUCAUGAAAUUUUUAUGCAUCUUUUACGUAUUUUUAUAUUUUAUACAGUUUUUAUAUGUGUAUUUUAAUAUUUUUUUCAACUUCUUAUAAAAGAACUUCCCAGCUCAAAGUAUAUACGUACCUCUCUGAUUUAUUAUUAUUAUUAUUAGCAUCUCAAUAACUGAUGGUAAUAAAGAUGUUGAGAAUCCA